ACCAGGUUACUACAGGUUAUGUUCUCGUGGUGUAAAUAUAUUUUCAUUCAUAUAAAAUGAAGUUAGUUGUAAUUUGGCAGCACAUUUGGAUGGCAUUAGAAUAUAUCUGUUUGGUUUUAUAUUAACCCUAAAUACUUAGUUUACUCUCGGUCUACAAUGACCAUUGUAAUAUCUGAACAUGUCGCACAGCUGAUGCCGGUGCUCUGGAAAAUUCCUGCAACUCUUGUUUGCAAUUUGCACAAUAGUUCAUAGUUCUUUCAGCUGACUAUGGACGUAGGACUCUUCCCUCCCCAUUAUUUUGUUACGCUGUACUCUGAUGCCUAUAUGCCGACCUUGGGGCGCGGUAGAUAUCGAGCGUCCGUUUGAACGCAAACGCCUUCGUAACUGAAACGCGGAUUUGUUAACCAACGUCACCGUCGACCGCGCGAAACGCAUGUUUAAUGCCGCAUUCAUGUGCCAAUCGGAACUAGGAAACUCUGAAACGUCUGACUUGCAAACGGAUUGUAUUUAAACAGGUGACACGUUCAACGAAUCAGCAAAGUAUGACACUCGAACAACGCCCUCCCCGUGCGGCUCGACGUCAGGACACGUCCUUCUGGGGUCCCUCCUCUCUUUCCUGUGCUAUAGAAGUAGUUUAACACACAGCCAUUUCAGUACAGUAGCGCUCUGAACUACCACAGAGCAGGAGUUUAACCCUGGGAUUUUAUCAGACAGAUUAUAGCCUGCAACCAUGACAGUAAUAAGAGAGAGAGACUGGUCUUUGUUGAUGACCUAUUCCAAAACAGGAGGACUAGGAGCUUUACUCACUGCUUUCAUGAAACAGAGAAGAAUGGGGCUGAAUGACUUCAUUCAGAGGCUGGCCACGAGUAACUCAUUCACCUGCAAACAUCCUGAGGUUCAGUCCAUCGUCAACUUGGCUCCCCAACAACAGGAGGCUGAGCUAAUGAAUGCAAACCCCUCUCCUCCUCCCAGUCCCUCCCAGCAGAUGAACCUGGGCCCGUCCUCCAACCCCACAGCCAAGCCCAGUGACUUCCACUUCCUGAAGGUGAUAGGGAAGGGUAGCUUCGGGAAGGUCCUCCUAGCCAGGCACCGAACAGACGACCAGUUCUACGCUGUUAAGGUGCUGCAGAAGAAGGCCAUCCUGAAGAAGAAAGAGGAGAAGCACAUCAUGUCAGAGAGGAAUGUCCUGUUGAAGAACAUUAAACACCCCUUCCUAGUGGGACUACACUACUCCUUCCAGACCGCUGAUAAACUCUACUUUGUGCUGGACUACAUUAACGGAGGAGAGGUGAGGAGAGACACUGAUAUGGAGGGAGGAAGGGGGAGGGACAGAGAGGGACUACACUACUCCUUCCAGACCGCUGAUAAACUCUACUUUGUGCUGGACUACAUUAACGGAGGAGAGUUGUUCUACCAUCUCCAGAGGGAGAGGCGUUUCUUAGAGCCCCGGGCCAGGUUCUACACAGCGGAGAUCGCCAGUGCCCUGGGCUACCUGCACUCUCUAAACAUCGUGUACAGAGACCUGAAGCCUGAGAAUAUUCUACUGGACUCUCAAGGACACAUCAUACUCACGGACUUCGGCCUCUGCAAAGAGAACAUAGAACAGAACGGAACCACGUCGACGUUCUGUGGAACACCAGAGUACCUAGCUCCAGAGGUGUUACACAAGCAGCCAUAUGACAGGACGGUUGACUGGUGGUGUUUAGGAGCUGUGCUUUAUGAGAUGCUAUAUGGCCUGCCUCCAUUCUACAGUCGUAACACAGCAGAGAUGUACGACAACAUCCUGAACAAGCCCCUGCAGCUCAAACCCAACAUCUCUAACGCUGCCAAGCACAUACUGGAGGGACUGCUGCAGAAAGAUCGUACACAACGACUGGGACACAGCCACGACUUCGAGGAGAUCAAGAACCACAUGUUCUUCUCCCCCAUCAACUGGGAUGACCUGACCACUAAGAAGCUCACCCCCCCUUUCAAUCCAAACGUGACGGGCCCUAAUGACCUUCGCCACUUUGACACGGAGUUCACAGACGAACCCGUCCCCUCAUCCAUUGGCUGUUCCCCUGACUCCUCCCUCAUCACUGCUAGCAUCAAGGAGGCAGCCGAGGCCUUCCUAGGGUUCAGCUACGCUCCUUCCAUGGACUCAUACCUGUAGGCCAGAACCCUGAGGGAAUCCUAUAGACUCAUGAUAGGCCAGAACCCUAGAGGGCAUCCUAUAGACUCAUGAUAGACCAGAACCAUAGACUCCUAUAGACUCAUGAUAGACCAGAACCCCAGAGGGCAUCCUAUAGACUCAUGAUAGACCAGAACCAUAGACUCCUAUAGACUCAUGAUAGACCAGAACCAUAUACUCCUAUAGACUCCCAUUGACUCCCAUAGACUGCUAUAGACUCCUGGCUAUAAACCUCCAUUAAUUAUUACCUAUGGGAUACAUCAUAGACAUUCCUAUGAAUUGACUAACUAGGACGGACUCCCCGUGUCAGGGAGGUACACACCUG